AUGGCGCCAAAAAGUACCCAAUCGUCGUCGCAGCCCAAGUCGUCGCAAAAGGGCACGCAACAGACUAUCUCCAGUUUCUUCACGAAGAAACCGUCGCAAACGCCUAAACCCGCAGCCAAACCUGCUCCUAAGGCGCCUUCUCCGCCUGUAGCCAACGACGCACCUCAAGAACAAGACGACGAGGAAGAUGGGCUUCCGGUCUCACAGUCAAUUCCUGUUCGCAAGCGCGCAAUAGAUGAAGAUGACGGAGCUUACGAUUCUGGUCGCUCGUCCCCCUCAAAGCGCGUCAGAUUCGAAAAAGGCGACUCGCCCCGACAGACGUCUGCACCAAAGCCUCCGAGAACCGCCGAUAGGACCUCCAAGUUUCUGUUCUCUUCGUCACCCGCUCCACGCGAAGAAAACCCCGAGGAAGACGAGGAGGAUGCCGCAGCUUCGCAGAAGCAGAAGAAGAGGCUACACGAGAAGUUUGUCAAGAAGCUGGGUCGACCAGACAGCUUUGCUGAACUGAGGAGACGCAACAAGAUCAUAUCUGAGGACAAUCCCAAUGCCAAUGGCGAGGAAGGCGAGGGCGACGAGGAGGAAGAGGAUGAGCCACCCCAGAAGCCCGCCAAGGGAAAAAAGGGCGCUGCGACCAAGAAGGCAAACAAGCUGACGCCGAUGGAAAUACAAUACCUGGACAUAAAGCGAAAGCAUUUGGAUACCGUCAUCGUCAUGGAGGUUGGGUACAAGUACAAGUUCUUUGGAGAGGAUGCAAGAACGGCAUCGAAAGAGCUGGGCAUUGUCUGCAUACCAGGAAAGUUCAGAUAUGACGAGCACCCUUCCGAAGCCCACCUCGACCGAUUCGCGUCCGCCAGCUUCCCUACGCAUCGGCUACAAGUCCACGUCAAGCGUCUCGUACAAGCAAAUCACAAGGUCGGAGUCGUAAGACAGCUGGAGACAGCCGCGCUCAAAGCGGCCGGUACCAACAGGAAUGCUCCCUUCGUGCGGAAACUCACCAAUCUCUACACGAAAGGCACAUACGUCGACGAUGUUGAGGGCUUGGAGGCACCUACUGAAGGCUCAGGCGCAAGCGUGCAGUCGACCGGAUAUCUACUUUGCAUCACCGAGAGCAAUGCAAAAGGCUGGGGUACAGACGAGAAAGUGCAAGUUGGGCUGGUAGCCGUCCAGCCUGCGACUGGCGACAUCAUUUACGAUGACUUUGAAGAUAGUUUCAUGCGUAGCGAGAUCGAGACACGACUGCUUCACAUCGCGCCGGCAGAGUUUCUCGUAGUCGGCGACCUGUCCAAGGCUACAGACAAGCUGAUCCAGCAUCUGUCAGCCAGUAAGACCAACGUCUUCGGAGACAGGUCGCGGGUGGAGAGGGUAGAAAAGCCUAAAACAAUGGCUGCACAAGCCUACAGCCACAUCUCAAAUUUCUACGCAGGCAAGAUGAAGUCCAGCCAGGAAGCAGACUCGGAAAAGCAAGGUACCAUUCUGGACAAGGUACAUCAGUUGUCGGAGCAUGUAACCAUCUGCCUCUCAGCGAUGAUCACUUACCUUAGCGAGUACGGCCUGGAACACGUCUUCGAUCUCACAAAGUACUUCCAGCCUUUCAGUGCCAGGUCUUACAUGUUGCUGAACGGAAACACACUCUCUAGUCUGGAGAUCUACCAGAACCAGACAGACUACACUUCGAAGGGCAGCUUGUUCUGGACCAUGAACAGAACAAAGACCCGUUUUGGGCAACGGUUGCUGAGAAAGUGGGUUGGCCGACCGCUGAUAGACAAGGAGAGACUAGAAGAGCGCAUAACAGCGGUCGAAGAGCUCAAGGAGGGCGAGAACACGAUCCCGGUCGAUAAGCUCAAGUUCGUGCUCGGAAAGAUCAGGACAGAUCUCGAAAAGGUGCUCAUCCGCAUUUACUACAAGAAGUGUACAAGGCCAGAACUAUUGGCAGCUUUGCAAAGUCUGCAGGAGAUUUCGAGCCAAUACUUGUCGGCGAAGACACCCGAAAAGAGUGGUUUCUCCUCGUCGUUACUGAGUGAAGCUGUUUCGAGUGUUCCAAAGAUCUACGAUGACUUGAACAGCUUCUUGGAGAGGAUCAACGCCAAAGCCGCAAAAGAUGACGACAAGUAUUCGUUCUUCCGUGAAGAACAUGAGGCCGAAGAUAUCAACGAUCUGAAAUUGAGCAUUGCCUCUGUUGAAGACGACCUCAACACGCACCGAAAAGACGCAGCUGCUAAGCUGGGGAAGAGCAAAGUAGACUUCGUUACUGUAGCUGGCAUUGAGUACUUGAUCGAGGUCAAGAGGAAGGCACCCGAAGAGAAGAAAGUACCUGCCUCGUGGCAGCAGAUCUCAGCUACCAAGACUACACUACGUUUCCACACGCCAGAAGUUAAGCGCAUGCUACAAGAGCGAGAUCAGUACAAGGAGUCGCUGGCGGCGGCAUGCGACAAAGCUUACAUGGGCUUGCUAGAGGAGAUUUCGUCCAAGUACCAACAACUGCGGGACUGUGUAGCUUCUCUAGCCACACUCGACGCCCUCCUCUCCCUGGCUACCUUGGCAAACCAGCCAGGUUAUGUCAAGCCGACCUUCACAGACAACAUCGAGCUCAACAUCACCGGUGGUCGGCAUCCUAUGGUUGAGCAACUGCUCCUUGAAAACUAUGUCCCCAACGACCUCACCCUCUCACACGGUUCUACCCGUGCUCUACUGAUCACAGGCCCCAACAUGGGCGGAAAAUCCUCUUAUGUGCGAUCUGCAGCUCUAAUCGCCAUCAUGGGCCAAAUCGGCUCCUACGUCCCCGCAACGGAAGCGCGACUCGGCAUGCUAGACGCGGUCUUCACCCGCAUGGGCGCAUUCGACAAUAUGCUCAAAGGCGAAUCCACAUUCAUGGUCGAACUGAACGAGACCUCCGACAUCCUCAAAUCCGCAACGCCGCGCUCCCUCAUCAUCCUCGAUGAGCUCGGUCGCGGCACGUCAACUUUUGACGGUGUCGCCAUCGCAGAAGCAGUGCUCGACUAUGUUAUCCGUGACUUGCAGUCGCUCACGCUAUUCAUCACACAUUACCAGCAUCUGGCCAAACUAUCCAGUCGCUUCCCCAACGGUGAGCUGAAGAACGUUCAUAUGCGCUUUGAAGAGCAGAACGGCGGGAAGGAGGUCGUGUUCUUGUACGAAGCCACGGAGGGUAUUAGCCAUCGGUCUUACGGGCUGAACGUUGCGCGGUUGGCGAGGGUACCGGAGAAGGUCAUUGAUGUGGCGGAGGUGAAGAGUGCGGAGCUUGAGGAGAGCAUGGGGGCUUGCAAACUGGGGAACUUGUAA